AGUUUGAAAUACAGAGUAACCGAGAUCUUCUUCAACCUAUCUUCUUCAACCUAAUUUCAGUUUUCUGGCGGAAAAACUUUCAUACAAUCAGCAAGUUUGCUUGGGAAACGUGAAUAUUAGAUUGAAAUCUCGUUUCCCAUUCGUUUCCGGGAUGAAUUCAGUUUCAAACACGUCUACAUUUUUCUGAAACGGUUUCGGCGCGUUCCGAAACGCGUUUCCCGGUUUCCCCGUUCCAGGACGUUUCUGAAACGAGUAUUAGACAGUAGAUUUUUGAUAUUGCACAAAGGAUCAAGAUGUCUUCUAUAAGAAAUGCAAUCUCGAAGAGAGCAUAUAAGGAGCGAUCGCAACCGGAUUCAAGGAAAAAGUUUGGGAUCCUUGAAAAGAAAAAGGACUAUGACAUCCGUGCAAAAGAAUACCACAAAAAGGAGGAUACAUUACGGAGACUCAAAGAAAAGGCAGCGAAUAGGAACCCUGAUGAAUUUUAUUUUGGCAUGAUCAGAUCUAACACAACUAAUGGAGUUCAUAGACCGGAGAGCGAGGCAAACAAGUAUUCACCAGAAGAACUUUUGUUGAUGAAGACACAAGACAGAGGAUAUGUGCUUCAGAAAAUUCUAAGUGAAAAGAAGAAAGUGGAAAAGCGUAGAGCUGUGCUUCAUUCUUUAGAUAAUCGACCCUCGAUCAAACACGUUUAUUUUGCAGAAGACAGUGAAGAGGCAAAAGAGAUACAAUCAAGAUCCUCAAGGGAUGCAGAGCUUCGUACAUCAGGGUCUGUACCUUCUGCUAUCAUGAGGAAGAUGAAAGCUUCCUACAAAGAGUUGGAGGCAAGAAAGAAAAGAGUUGAAGAUUUGGAGAGAGUCUAUGCAGAGAUGGCCUUGCAGAAAGAGCUACAGAAGAAGGGUAGGAAACGCAAGCUACGGGAAGAUGAGAUUGUUUCUCCCACCGGUAGGCCAGUUUACAAGUGGCGGGCAGAACGUAAACGAUAAAUAUACGAAGUAUUUUAUAAUAUAUGGUUUGUAAUGUUAACAGAUAACUAGCCCUUUGACCCGUUCGAUGAACGGGUAAAUUAUAAAAAAAAUUGAUUAUUUGAUCUUCACAAAUUGAAUAGGUUAUUUAGGAGUUAUUAACCAUAUCUACUCCAUCUUUCACAUUGGAUAAUCCACCCAUUUUGUCACUCUUUAAAAAAAAAUACUACUUGAGGCCUUGGAUAUCA